UUUAACACGCAAAGAGAGAAUCGAGACGCUAAACGUCGUACGUUAUUAAAUUCUUCUCCGUAUCUGCCGAUAAUAAAUAUGCGAAUUUUUACUCUGAUUCUUUUCGUUACGAUUGCGGUGGCGAUCGCCGAGAAAGAUGACUCCUGGACCUGGCAUGACGAUAAACAGAAGCCGACAAGCCGAGCUGCUGACGCCAGAUAUCAAGUGUACGAGCCUGAACAUUUGGAAGGUUUCAAUAACAAUGGCGUUCAUUCAGGCUUUAGGCCUGAAAAUCCAGGACCUUAUGGUCCUAAUGGCAGACCGCUCGUACCACCGUACCAAGGUAAUAACGGUGUCCUCGUGGGCCCCGGUGGACCGACCGGAAUAAUUGGCAGACCGCCGCGUUAUAACCCGUACGGACCCGAUGGUUUCCUAGAUUCGGUGCCGCCCUGGAUCAGAGAUGAUCCCCGUUAUCGCGAGUUCGACACCUGCAAGUGCAGAUACAGCUUCAAUUGCCCGUCGCCUGGCUUGAAAUUCGGCCACUGCUCGAGGGACAAAAAGUACUGUUGCUUUAACAGCAGAAGGUUCCCAGAACUGUUGGGAGGACAACGUUAUCCAUAUUAUCCGGGUACGCCGCCCAAGUACGGAGCGAACGGCUUCGCGCCGACGUCGAAUUAUUACGGCAAUCGAAGACCGUAUGGUGGCUACCAGCAUCCGUCUUCCGGUGACUAUUAUCCGGGGCCCUACGGCGACGCUUACGGUCACCGUAAUGACUUCGAGUCGUUACGGCCGUACGGCUAUGACGGAGAACCCGACGAUUAUGCAAUCUACGGGCGGUCGUUGAGCAAAAAUCAGACGCAGGAAGCGAACGAGAAGCCAGAGAUGGACGAGAAAAUCAAGAAGCGAUGAUUGUGUAAAUAAUAUUCUCGAUCAUUUCAUCGAUCGCCUUCUUCAUUCUCAAUGGAGAUGCCAAAGAUGCAACAGAGAUACGUAGGUUUUUCUCCCUUUACGUCGAUCGAUAUCGCAUAAUUAGAUGGAGAUGCAAAUCUCGAAUCUUUUGCGUCGAUUAAUUAACUUGAAUGUAAUUACAUUCUUGUAAUUUAUUGUGAAUUGCAAAUAUUAGUAACGCGCCACUUCCGAAUUAAUAUAAUGCGCAUUGUCCUUUCUUUGGAGAAAUAUUUUAUAAUAAUAACUCUUUAUAUUUAAUCGACGAUGAUAAUAUCAAACUU